AUGUCCAAUCCAGGUGAAACCAAAGCUACUAUCAUGAAAGCCAUGAGGCAUUGGGAAAACCAUACAUGCCUGAGUUUUGUUGAACGAGAACCUCAACACAAAUCUUACAUCAUUUUCACUGUCAAGCCAUGCGGAUGCUGCUCCUACGUAGGCCGUCGAAGUGAGGAUGAACCCCAGGCUAUAUCAAUCGGCAAGAACUGCGACAAAAAGGGCAUUGUCAUUCACGAGUUGGGUCAUGUCAUUGGAUUUUGGCACGAGCACACAAGACCCGACAGAGACGAUCAUGUGGAAAUUCUGCUGGAGAACGUUGUAGAGGGGCAGGACUUUAACUUCAAGAAGAUGGACUCCGGUGAAGUGAAUUCGCUGCGGGAGCCCUACGACUAUAGCUCCAUCAUGCACUACGCAAAGGGCACUUUCGCCAAAGCCAACAAGGAUGAGACUAUUCGGCCCAAAGCCUGUUGUCCCCGUCCGCCUAUUGGUCAGCGCAUUCAACUCAGCCCAGGUGACGUCCGACAAACCAACAAGCUCUAUGGAUGUCCAUCCUGUGGCAGAACCCUAAUGGAGCCAUCAGGUACAUUCGCUUCGCCACAGAUGUCUUGGGUGAUUCACAACAGCCACGACUACAAUACCGCCUCCGUACCGGAUAUUGACUUCAACUCACCUGAAAUUCUCACGGACCCUGCCUCCUUCUACCACCCUCUGACACAGGAACUGCCAACCGCUCAUCGUCUCUCGGGUAUGGUGGGGGAUCAUCAAGGUUUGAUGAUCUCUGACGAUAGUCGAUGGGCGAAAUUCGCCUCAAUCACAGCGAAGUUACACGACCAGAAUACUGGUAACAGUGAAUCAGCAGCUCCCUCUUCCUUGGAAUUGGCUUCGACGGGACCUCUGUUCUGCCAGUGGAGAAUUAUUGGUGCAAUGGGAGAGCGAAUCCAUCUUAAUUUUACCUACCUGGACAUUUUUCAACAGCACGACGACCUAAAGUCAGUAGGCGGAGGAGGCGGACUCGCACUAAGUCGGGGACCUUCCCAACUUGCUUGUACCAACGACUAUGUAGAGAUUCGAGAUGGAUACUAUUCGGGAUCUCCGUUGAUAGGAAGGUACUGCGGCAAAACCCUUCCACCAAUGAUAAUAUCCACAAAGUCAAGACUAUGGGUUGAGUAUAGACGAUCUUCUGGAUCUCUCAGUACAGGGUUUGUGGCUGAGUAUCAAGCCGUUUGCGGGGGUGAGGUAAUACAGGAGGAAGGUAUUAUUACAAGUCCAAGCUAUCCAGAAUUUUAUAAACCCAACAAGGAAUGCAUCUGGAAAAUUGUCGUUCCAACUGGCUUCUCUGUGGCUUUGACAUUCCAAUCCUUCGAUAUAGAAAAACACGAUAACUGUGUCUACGAUUACCUCGAAAUUCGAGAUGGUCUGUCCGAGAGUUCACCAGUCUUGAAGAAGCUUUGCGGUUCCAAUUUGCCGACUCCAAUCAAAUCAACAAAUAACAUGAUGUACAUAAAAUUUGUUUCCGACAGUUCUGUUGAAAAACAGGGAUUCACUGCCGAAUUCCAGAAAGAAUUUGACGAGUGUAAGACGAAUAAGCAUGGCUGUUCACAUAUUUGUGUUAACACCCUUGGCAGUUACCGGUGUCAAUGUGAAAUUGGCUACGAGCUACAUCCCGAUGGCAAGAGAUGUGAAGAUGCCUGUGGAGGAGUGAUUAAUGCAGCCAACGGGACCAUUCAAACACCAGGAUUUCCAGCCGAGUAUCCUCCCAACAAGAACUGCAUCUGGAAGAUUGUUGCAGCGCCUAAAUCAACUAUCUUUCUCAAUUUCACCCACUUCGACCUUGAAGGCAAAAAUGUACGUUCUUUGUGGCCCUACUUGCAUAUUUCUUCAAGAGGUUUUACGGACCCUUUUAUUACAAUUAGCACAGACCAAUGGCAAUGA